AUGUCCUCCGCAGCGACGUUCAAACGAUUACUCGCUCUUCCUCCAGCCGUCAGACGAAGCUUCUACUCAACAGCAGUAAGCAGCAGCGAGCCGGAAAUCUACGAUGUCGUCUGUGUCGGAGGAGGACCAGUGGGAUUAUCUUUCGUCUCGGCCUUGCACUCUCAUCAUUCCACACGACAUCUGAGGAUAGCUCUUAUCGACUCGCAAGACCUCACCGCGCCUCAUUUGGAUUCUCCCGGAGGGACAUAUUCGAACCGAUGUUCCUCCCUCACUCCCGCUGCCGUACGGUUCAUGAAGAGUAUCGGAGUAUGGGAGAAGAUCGAUCAGCCACGGAUACAGCCGUAUCACGCUAUGGAUGUGUGGGAUGGAGUGAGCGGGAGUAAGAUUCAUUUCGAUCAGCAGCAGGGUGCUGGAUUGAUUGAUGCUCUCGCUGAAAUGGUCCCUGGGAACAGGUUUCAGGCGAGCAGGAGGAAGUAUGAGGCUGGGGAGAUGGUUGUGGCUACAAUGUGCGAGAAUAGAAACCUUACGGGCGCGCUGUUGAAGCGGAUCGAGGAAUUGAAGGAUGAGCGGUCUUCUUCGACACUGAAUAUGCUUGCCAAGACAAAAGUUGACUCUAUCGCUCUUGGCGCAGAAGCGGCAGAUGAAUCCUCCCCUGACUUCUCACAAUGGCCCAUACUAUCCACCUCGUCCGGCCAAAACUUCGCUGCUCGCCUCUUGGUCGGCGCAGAUGGCGCAAAUAGCCCUGUCCGACGCUUCGCAGACAUACCCUCACCCGGCUGGGACUACAACCAACACGGCGUAGUCGCCACCCUGAACCUCGACCGCGACCUCAACGCCUCCGAACUCCGAACGGCCUACCAACGCUUCCUCCCAACUGGUCCAGUAGCACUUUUACCCCUCCCAGGCAAAAAAGCCAGUCUCGUAUGGUCCACCUCACCGGCUCACGCCACGGCCCUGAAAGCCCUCGCACCAGAAGAAUUUACAGCAGCAGUAAACGCUGCGUUCCGUUUAAUGCCUGUAGACAUUAAUCACAUGCUCUCAGCAUCAUCAGACUCCACCCCAACCUCCGAGCUCUCCUGGCGCGAACCCGCCACCCCACCAACUUCUACAGGCCUGCCUACCAACUUCCCUCGCAUUCAAAGUCUCCAACAAGGCAGCUUAGCAUCCUUCCCUCUCCGUCUCCGCCACGCCAGCACCUACACAGGCCACCGCGUAGCCCUGAUAGGCGACGCAGCCCAUACAAUUCACCCACUAGCCGGGCAAGGUCUGAACCUCGGACUCGCUGACUCCGAGGCCCUGGCCAAGCAGCUCGUCUACGGUGUGGAGCACGGGAUGGAUAUUGGAUCUUCUUGGUGUCUUGAUGGGUAUAAUAGUGAGCGGUGGGCGAAGAAUAAUGCUGUGCUAGGGGUGGUGGAUAAGUUGGAGAAGAUUUAUAGCGCGGGUUCGGGGCCGGUGGUUUGGGGUAGGAGUGCAGGGGUUGAGGUGCUGGAAAGAUUGGGGUGGGUGAAGGGGUUGAUUAGUGGGGCGGCUGCUGGGAGGGGUUGA